AUGAAGAUCGCCGUAAUUGUUUCGGUCGCUUUGGCGUUGUGCGUUCGAUGCCAGGAAGAAGUCGACGAUGAGACGAAGAAGAAAAUCGACGAAUUAUUCCCUCAGGGCAACACCAGUAAUUCGAACCCCACGCGAACUGGCGCCGAUGGAGGCGACUUCUUCAGCAACAUGGAAGAGGUCAAUCCGGUGACACUGUCCUCGUAUGGAGCGGCGGAAAAAUGCGGGGAAGGUUCCACGAGAGGGUUGCGAAUGUGUGUCAAUUAUCACAUGUGCGAUGGAAAGACGAAUACAAUUAUACAAAGUGGGGUUACCGAUGGUUUUGGAAUUAUCGAUAUAAGGUUUGGCACUAACGCCUGUCCGCAUUUUCUCGAAGUAUGCUGCAGAAUCCCCGAGGGCGGCUUGGACCCCAACCUGCCCCUGCCCGACGCCGGAACCACCCAGCCCCCGACGGGCCCCGUGGGCCCUGUAACCUUCCCCGAUACCAUUCCCAGUUCAGAAGAACCGCCGGUGAACACCGAGACGCCGGUGAUACCCAUCUCGACGAAGCCCAGCUACUGCGGCAUAAGGAAUCCCAAUGGAAUAGAUUUCAAAAUAACGGGAGCCAAGGACAACGAGGCCGAGUACGGGGAGUUCCCGUGGGUGGUGGCGAUCGUCAACAAGAAUUACCGCACGCUGGGUUUGACCAAUCAGUUGAUAUGCGGGGGUUCUUUGAUUACGCCUAAUGUGGUGUUAACUGCAGCUCAUUGCGUUAGCAAGUCGAAGAACUUUGAUUUGGCGGUAAGAGCUGGAGAAUGGGACACCCAAACGACCAGAGAAAGGAUACCCUAUCAAGAAAUUGGCGUGCGGGAAAUUAGAACGCAUCCGAAUUUCAACAAUGGAAAUCUAUUCAACGAUUUUGCUCUUUUAAUACUACAGCAAUCUGUCGUUAAAGCCGACAACGUCGGUACAAUUUGUUUACCUAGACAAGGGCAACGAAUUUCGUCAAGGAACUGUUUCGUUAGCGGUUGGGGAAAGGACCAAUUCGGUAAGAGUGGACAGUACCAAACCAUACUAAAGAAAAUCGAAUUGCCGACAGUUGAUCGUAGCAGAUGCCAGCGCCUCUUGAGAGGCACUAGAUUAGGAGGGCAAUUCAUCCUCGACAAAAGUUUCGUUUGUGCUGGUGGCGAACAAGGAAAAGAUGUCUGCACAGGAGAUGGCGGUAGCCCGUUGGUAUGCCCAGAUCCAGACAAUCCCAGCAGGUACAUGCAAGCCGGUAUAGUAGCUUGGGGCAUCGGUUGCGGUGACGAGAACAUUCCAGGAGUUUAUGGCGAUGUGUCCCAAUUUAGAUCGUGGAUCGAUAAUGAAGUGUCAAGACUGAAUAUCGACAAUACUGCUUACACACUUUAA